CAACGAUGUUUUUCUGAAUCAGAUCAAUGUUCAUCAAUGUCUGCUAUACCAGUUUGUGUUGAUAAAAAUCCCGAAGUUGAUUCAAUCGUAAUUCCUUCAACUAUAAAUAACAAACCGGCAGUCAUAUCAGUUAAUGUAUCAAUAGAUUAUUCAUGUGGUAAUGAUUCAGAUUAUCAUUUAAUAAAUGAUUAUUGUUAUAAAGUAUUAUUUCAUGAAACUACUUGGAAUGAAGCAAAAGUUCUGAAAACUUCACUAUCACGUACACGUACUAAUAUAUCGACAACAAUAACACAUGUUUGUGAUCUGUGCCUUUAG